GUGGCUGUUAUAGAGCUGCAGUCAGAUUGGCUUCUCAUCACUUUGCUCAGGACUGGUUGUGCUGCCGGAGGUGUCUGCGCUCUCUCUGCUCUGCCUUGUGAUCUGCAUGCAACACAGGGGCAAAGGGGGAGCUGACUUAUAGAUUUCAAGUAUCUUCAACCUUGUGUAGGAACUGCACCUGCUGCUCAUCAUGACAGUCUCUUAUUUCUACCUGCUUGGAUUACUGGUCACCAGCGGGCAAGCUCUCAUGCAAGUGACAAUUUCCCUUAGUAAAGUUGAAAUCAGUGUGGGCCAGUCUAAAUACUUCACAUGCACAGUUAUUGGAGAAGCAGACAACAUAGACUGGUUUAACCCAGAAGGAGAAAAAAUCAUUUCUAGCCAGAGAGUAGUGGUGCAAAGAGAAGGCAUCAGAUCUUGGUUGACCAUAUAUAAAGCAACUGUUGAUGAUGCUGGUAUCUAUCGGUGCCAAGCUGCAGAUUCUAAAGGACAUUCUCAGGAGGCUACAGUUGUUUUGGAAAUUUAUCAAAAACUGACAUUUGAGGAUGUGCCAUCACCUCAAGAAUUCAGAAGAGGAGAAAAUGCAGAGGUUAUGUGUCAUGUCAGCAGCUCACCUGCUCCAAUGGUUAGAUGGUUAAAUAACCGGGAAGAUGUCACAGACAUUGAUGACAGGCGGUUUGCAAUGUUACCAAACAACAAUCUGCAGAUUAAAAACAUUAGUAAAAGAGAUGAAGGCAUUUAUAGAUGUGAGGGUCGGGUGGAGGUUAGGGGUGAAAUUGAUUUUCGGGAUAUCAGUGUCAUUGUGAACGUUCCUCCAGAGAUUUUAGCUCAGCAAAGAUCUUUUAAUGCAACAGCAGAUCGACUAGAGGAUAUUACUUUGUAUUGCCGUGCCACGGGUUCUCCAAAGCCUUACAUCACAUGGCACAGACAUGGCAAACUGGUUGAGGAAAAUGAAAAGUAUGAUUUAGGAGACGACAAUACAGAACUAACUGUCAAAAACAUAAUAAGCAGUGAUUCUGGACUGUAUAUAUGUAGAGCAACAAAUAAAGCAGGAUUUACUGAAAAACAGUCUUUUCUACAAGUGUUUGUGCAGCCUCAUAUUGUACAGCUACAAAAUGAAACUACAAUUGAGCAUGGACAUAUAACUCUUACAUGUGAAGCUGAAGGGGAACCUAUUCCUGAAAUUACAUGGAAAAGAUCCAAUGAUGGCAUGAUUUUUUAUGAUGGGGACAAGAGCCAAGAUGGACGUAUAGAAAGCACAGGACAUCGAGGAAAAUCCUCCUUGCAUAUUAAAUCUGUGAUGUUAUCUGAUGCAGGGAGAUAUGACUGUGAAGCAGCAAGCAGAAUUGGUGGCCAUCAAAAGAGCAUGUAUCUAAAUAUUGAAUAUGCACCGAAGUUCAUUUCAAAUCAAACCAUUUACUAUUCUUGGGAAAAUAACCCUAUAAACAUAAGUUGUGAUGUGACAUCCAAUCCACAGUCAUCAAUUUACUGGAGCAGAGACAAAUUAUUGUUGCCUGCACGAAAUAUAACAAAUAUAAAAACCUAUAGAGAUGGAAAAAGAAUAUUGCUAGAGAUAACACCAUUAUCAGACAAUGAUUUUGGACGUUACAACUGCACAGCUAUAAAUUCAAUAGGAUCAAGAAUUCAAGAAUACAUACUUACACUAGCUGAUGUGCCUUCCAAUCCCUAUGGCUUGCGAGUUAUAGAGCUUUCACAAACAUAUGCCAAAGUGUUUUUCAACAAACCAGACUCACAUGGAGGUGUUCCCAUUCACCAUUAUCAAAUGGAUUUCAAGGAAGUAUCAUCAGAAAUAUGGAAAGUUGUCCGAUCUCAUGGAACACAGACAAUAAUUGUCCUUGGAAACUUAGAUGCAAAUACAACAUAUGAAGUCAAAGUUGCUGCUUUAAAUGGAAAAGGAAAGGGGGACUAUAGUAAAACAGAAAUAUUCCAGACACUCCCUGUUCGUGAGCCAAGUCCACCAUCAAUUCAUGGACAACCUGGUGGUGGGAAAAAUUUUAAGUUGAGCAUUACAAAACAGGAUGAUGGAGGAGCACCAAUUUUAAACUAUGUUGUAAAGUAUCGAAGUAAAGACAAAGAAGACCAGUGGCUUGAAAAAAAGUUUCUUGGCAAUAAAGAUUAUAUAGUAUUAGACCAUCUACAGUGGAAUGUGGGAUAUGAAGUACACAUUAUUGCUACUAAUAGACUUGGUCACUCUGAGCCAACAAUGUUUGAAUUUGUAAUGCCACCAAAACCUAAUAUAAUUGCAGAUACACUUUUCAAUGGACUUGGAGUUGGUGCAGUUAUUGGUUUGGCAGUGGCUGCACUUCUGCUUGUUCUAGUUGUGAUAGAUGUCAGUUGCUUCUUUCUAAGGCAAUGUGGCCUAUUAAUGUGUAUAACUCGAAGAAUUUGUGGGAAAAAAAGUGGCUCCAGUGGAAAAAGCAAAGAACUGGAAGAGGGAAAGGCUGCCUACUUUGUCACCUUAAGAUGAAUUUGAAACUAAAGCUUUACAAAUGGCAGUUGAAGGAUAUCUCUGCUGGGGAUAUACCAUUCAAGCUUCAAAAAGAAUUCAUUACAGAUGAAUCACAUCACACUACUAUACAUAGCACCAAUUUCAAGGAUCAUCAAAUUACAUUUGAACUGUAUAUAUGGAACCCUAUCCUGCAACCUUAAUAUCCUCUACAGAAAUGAUACUAAACUAAUGUGUUAUGUAUAUUCUUUAUUUGAUUACAUAUUUAACUCUAAUUAAAUGUUCUUGAUCUGUAAGAAUGAGGAAUAUGCAAACAGUUAUGUUAAUAGUGCAUUAAUACAAAUAAAGAAAAAAUUAGAGAGAGAUCAUUAACUUGAAAAAAUAUACAUACAGUAUAAAUAUGUAGACAUAUAAAAAAAAGGUGUAAUCAAUACGCAGAGGUAUGUGUUAACAUGCUGUAAGCUUUUAAUGGACUGGGAUCUACAUUUCAGAACUUUAGUUGUUAGAGAAAUUAAGUUUUGAUACAACAUUUCCAAUUAAAAGUUAAUUUUCAUUUUGUUUUUACCUUCACAACUUAUUUGGUAUUUGCUUAUAGUACCUCUAAUUCUGUUUGUGAAUAGGCUUUGCUAAGAAAAAGCAUUUCUGUUCUGGGUUCUUUUGAGUACUAUAAUAUGUAUUUUUGUGUAUUUUCAUCAGGCAAGAAGCUUGAUGUGUAUAUUAUAACAUGUUUCAAUUGAUUGCAUUAAUAAUGUCCACAUUAGGUUUAUUAUUGUUGAUCUUGUAGAACAGGGUUCUUAAGAAUAUGAUACAAAUAUGAAAAGGGCAUUCAGUUAAUAUAAAUGCACACAUCAAAUAACCUUCUUAUAAAAAUAAUCACUCAAACCUUUAUUAUGCACUCAAGAAAGUGUUAUUUUUGGUGCACUGAAUGUUCUGAACUGUACUUAACUUUUUUUACCAUUGAACAAAAUUUGUUGUGUUUGUGAGAAAGAGAAGCUGUAUAUAAGAGUUUUAAUUUAAUUUGUACUAAAGAGCCAUCUUGUUUAUCACAUAUAAACUAUCCCUUGAUAGUUUCUACUUUGCAGCUGCAGAACCAGGAACAUAAACAUAUUGUUUAUGACCUGAUGUGCCAUCUACCAAUUGCAAAAUUACAGAAACUGGUAUUUUCUCUGGACUAAAGAAGAGAUCAGCUAUGAUUUUGUUGUAUUAGUCUUCUCAAUGCAUUAUUCAAUAUUUUAACAAUUUUUUAAAAAUAAAAUUGCAGUUGUAUGUUG